AUGCUUGCAAUUUUCCAUUUCACAUUCACAGCAGACCCAGUCGAGCAAUUCUUUCGAACGAUCGCUCUCACCGCAAAGCAACUGGGUGAAAGGUGGAUCUCUCAAGUGUCCAUUCCGACAAUCAAUGAUAUUGGAAAUCCGUAUGCUGGCGGGCUCAUGUCGAAUAUCGAUCCGAAGACGGCAACGGCUCUCGGAUCUCUCACUGAAACUGUCGACCGUUUAAUGGCAAAACAAUUUCUGAGCUCACGCAAAACCCUGGGAUCUCUGUUUCGUGAAGAGGCUCGAGUGGAAUGUGCCACGAUUCAAG